AUUACAAGAAUCUCUUUCUUUAUGGUUAUUUUCUUUCUGUCUUUCUUUUUUUAAAUAUUUCUCAGGGUCCAUUCAUCAACUGUCAACUGAAAUUUUGACUUUUUAGUGGAAAUCAAACUAUAUAAACCAAGUCGUAGUUAGUUGUUUCAUGCAUUAGCUAUCAUACACAAAUUAAAGUGAAAGAGAGAGCAAACACACUGCAAAAAAGAAAAGGAGAUAAAGAUGGGAAGCUAUAAGACAACGCUAAACAAUGGUGAAACCUUACCCAUCAUAGGAAUGGGUACUUAUUCGGGCGAAAACGAUAGAGAAACAACUGAGAGAGCCAUUAGAGCUGCGCUCAAGAUGGGGUACAGGCAUUUUGAUACAGCAAAAAUAUAUGGUUCUGAGCCGGCUGUUGGAAAUGCAUUAAGACGAGCAAUUCGUGAUGGUUUAGUUGAGAGGGAAGACAUUCAUGUCACCUCUAAACUUUGGUCAAGUGAUCACCAUGAUCCUGUUUCUGCACUUCAACAAACCCUACAGAGGUUAGGGAUGGAGUACGUAGACAUGUAUUUGGUGCAUUGGCCAGUGGCUUUGAAGCCAUGGGUGGAUUAUCCUGUUCCCACUGAAGAAGACUUUGAGGAAUUUGACAUGGAGAAUACUUGGUCUGGCAUGGAGAGGUUCUUAGAGAUGGGUUUGUGUAAGUCCAUUGGAGUAAGCAAUUUCUCAUCCAGAAAGAUUGAAGAGCUGCUAGAUUUUACUUGUGUCACUCCCGCUGUCAAUCAGGUGGAAAUGCAUCCAAUGUGGAGACAGAGAAAACUAAGGUCAAUAUGUGGGGAGUAUGGGAUUCAUAUAAGUGCAUAUUCACCUUUAGGUGGACCGGGAAAUGCCUGGGGAACUACUGCUGUGGUUGAUCAUCCUAUCAUCCAAUCUAUUGCCAUCAAGCAUAACGCAACUCCAGCUCAGGUAGCACUGAGAUGGGGGCUGUCCCAAGGAUCAAGUGUUAUAGUGAAGAGCUUCAAUCCACGGAGAAUGAAGGAGAAUAUGGGUGCUCUUGAUUUAACAUUGGACGAUUGGGAUUUACUUGAAAUAGAGAAAAUGGAAGAAAGGAAGAUUAUGAGGGCUGAGUAUCUAGCCAAUGAUACUACAAGUCCAUACAAGACCAUUGAGGAGCUUUGGGAUGACGAGAUAUAAUUUAUUAUUUAAUUCUCUAUUUGUCAUUGGCAUAUUGUGGCUUAAAUCUACAAAAAUUAAAAAUAAGAAUGUCAAUGUACUUGCAAGUUGCUUAUAUUGAUAGAAUAGAAAGGAUGUCUUUCUAAGUA